AUCCGAUAUUCGACAAGGUCUAGAGAUUAAAACACGUUGAUUCCUGGCAAUAUUGAAAAGAUGUGCGCUAUUUCGUUCCUCCGUUUAGUUCCUUUCUCGUUUACCAAGCUUUCAAUCUGUACAUUUCUCAAAGCCUUUCAAUUUUCAAAUGGCAGUGAGAUACUGUGGCGUCGGUUUUAGUUAAGAGCCUUCCAUACAUUCGCUGGGGCCUCUAUUGGGUAGGAUAUUCAUUAUAGAUAACAGAAAUAUGAAUAUGGUGGUUAAAUAUUCAGAUCGAUGCCUCCAACGUUAGAUACCGGGUAGAUAGAUACUGUGAACUGUGUCGUAGCUAUCAAAAGGAGGAACGUGAAAAUUAAAUUAUUAAGCGCAGAGUGUUCCCGCAGUGCUCCGUUCAUCAAUUAUUCUUUUCAACCAUUCAAGACUCCCUUUCUUGUCUAAUUAGGCUGUAAAGGCAGAAAAGCACCAAUCAAAAUGCCACCUGGGGGAUGCAGGGAGCGGAAGAGCUCAUCUAUGGGCCAUCACGCAUCAGCGCUCCUCUUCCACACUGAGAACAAGUGUCUGAUUGAGAAACAAAGUGGCAGUUUUAUCCAGAGCUCCUCGGAAACGCUCGUUUUUACACACCACAGGACAGGACGGACCAAGCCCGUCGCACCUGCAGCUGUCUUCCUGUUCGGAGCACCUACGCGUUCAGCUGGUAGAUCAUGGAGCUGGGCUUUCUGCCCCGGUCAUUCUGGGCCGGCGACGGAAAACCUCUGCACCAGCACGUCACGGACCUGUUCACCAGCGUGCACGUGACGCGAGACAUCCCCGCGGGGGUCUCGUUCGGACCCAGCGUCCUGCAGAACACCUUUUACGACACCAUCGCCUUCAUCGCUCUCAAGGCCGCGGACAGGAGAAACAAAUCUUACGUUUUCCGAGUGGACGCCGAGGCAAUGAAGAGCUCGACCAGCGCCCUCUCCUGGCUGAGGCUGGUGCAGGCGGCGGGAAACCGAGAAGAGCAGAACAUGGAGGCUUACCUGAAAAGCAGUCAGCUGUAUUUCCGGUCCACGAGGAGCAUCAGGAAAGACGAGGAACUGUUGGUGUGGUACGACAAAGAGCUCUCUCACCUCCUGGGAUUCAACGACAUCAACCCCCAGCAUUUGCAGGAUGGAUUUAAAUGUACGAAGUGUGACCAGACUUUUAAGAAUGAGCACCCCUACUUGGCGCACUGCCGUUUUCUCUGUGCACAAGGAAAAACCGACGUCUUCCAGCAAAAAAGCAUGGAAACCAAGCGGCUCCAGCGAGUCACCGAUUUCCACAACAUCGCCAGGGACCUGGAGCACAGAAAGUCCCAGCCGAGCGAAGACGCCGCCAUCCCCGCUCCGCGAAAAGGCAAGCCUGAAGACGCCGACAGCUCCCGGGCCAGAAAAGCCGUUUUGCUGGAGAAAACCAACAUCGCCAACGACCGCAACAUCGCUUUCCUGAGCAGAGACACGCAAGCGUUGGGCCCUGAGCUGCUGGCAGCCUCAGUUCUGAAACUCGCCGCCGCGGACAGGUACCCCGCCAAGAAAGACGCCUCAGAUCGGAAGCCGAGUGCGUUUACCGAGGUCAGGAGGACGAAGGAAAGGCCAAAGCAGGAGAAGGCUAACGAGGCCGCCGCCGAAAGAGGCCUUAACCGCGUUCCACACGACCGCUUGGAAACGGAUUCCGUUCUGCACUCCAGCGGAAGUGCCUUCUCCUUUGUUCUGCCCAACGCCGGCGCGGAGGAGCAGAGAAGCGCCUUCUGUAAGCCGAGCAGGACCGCGAAGAACUCCUCCGCGCACCCCUCCCUCGCCGUAAGCGGUUCCACGGAGCACCUGGGGGACCUGGCCGACUCUAUCGCCGCGAAUAGGGUCCUGGGAUAUAGCCGGCUCUUGGGAUCCAAAGUAUUAGCCCCCGACAUGGCCAACGCGCAGACCCCGGUCAGCAGGAGCGGCUCUUUCCCCUACGCGGCCGAGCACUGGCCCCGGGCGGUCGGGGGGCAGUUACGGACCGCCUCGUCCCUGACGCUCCUCCCGCCCUCCUUCACGUCCUUCGGCGUGGCCGUGCAGAACUGGUGCGCCAAGUGCAACCUGUCGUUCCGGAUGACCUCUGACCUGGUGUUCCACAUGCGCUCCCACCACAAGAAGGAGUUCGCGGUGGAAUCGCAGGUGAAGAAACGGAGGGAGGACAAGCUGACCUGCCCGAUAUGCCACGAGUACUUCAGGGAGCGCCACCACCUGUCUCGACACAUGACCUCCCACAAUUAAGCCGGAAGAGGGACCCCACCGUUGACUUUGACAGAGAGGCCAGCUCUCGCGGACUGCUCAGCCCGCACGUGGCGGCCAUGAUGCGAUCGCAGCGAAACGCACACUGGAUAGAGCGGUCUUCUAAAAGUGUUACCGUCCUCCAGGCUGUGUUGCUUUUGAACACAAAAUAUCAAUGGAUGUGGAAUAUUGAUAUUCUGUCACCAGUCUAGAUAUGUGGGUAUUGUAUUCACAGACCGUGACAUGGUAUGUUUUGUAAAUGGUACAAUAUAGACUUGCAAACAAAAAGGUUUGGACCAUUGCAAAACUAAGAUACAGCGUAUAGUGAUUUCUAUAUUUAUUCCACUGAAUGAUAUACAUUAGAGAUUAGUUUUAUAAAUAUAGCACACCACAUGACCUACAGAAACUGGAAAACAACCUGUAACAACUAGCUUAAUAUUUUGACUCAAGUAUUUGUAUGAAACCCAUUCCAUGCUCAUUGCUGAAACGUCCCAUGAUUGAAAGUCUCACUUGACUAUUGUAAACCAUCACUUGAUGAUUAUUGUAGAAUAAAAACAUAAGCUCUGAAAAAUACAUUGGACAAUGUUGAUUUAAAAAAUGCAAUGAAAGUAGCCGAGUACAGAGUAAAUCAGUGAUCUCAAGGUUGCAGUGAAACAGCUGUAAAAAGGAGAUGACACGAGUUAAAUAACAGAAUGUCACAGUUAACUGGGAAGCCACAAAAGGACAAUUAUUGACAAAGCCUGGAGAACAUGUAACUUGCCUAGCUUGUGCUGUGGGAGAACAAGAUUCAAAAUGUGAAAGAAGAAUUGUCUGAGCUUGAAUAUCCACUACCUUGGAAUAUUGCAAAAAUGGCACAGACAUUCAAGAAAACCAAGAAAUGGUCAAGAAGGCUUACUAUUCCUCAAUACUUUAAAAAGAUUAAUGUCUACAGGGGAGAAACUAGAUGCAAACUACUGCUAUAAACUGUACAAAAAAGAAAAUGUUUGCAGUUUUCAACAGAAUGCUCGUAAAAACCUGAGGAUUUCUUGAACCAAAUUCCAUUAUCAUAAAUGUUCCAAGCAGACCUCGUUUUACCCAGAAGUGAACACUGUUCCGAGAAGUUCCUUGAGCCAAGGUUUAGAUGCGCUGGUGAUUGCUUGAUGGUAUAGAUCUUUCUCUUUCUCAGGAACUGCUGACUGUUGUAUUGUAAGAGGGUAAACAGAGGCUGCAAAUGUAGGAGUCUUGCAGUCACAUGUUACUCAAAUGCUACACUUCUUCUUAAUGGACGUUUGUAUUCCAGCAGAGUAAUGAUCAGCCGUGUUGGGUAAAGUCUAGAAACUAAUUUCUGCAAUAAGGGUUGGUGAGUCAUGUAUUUCAGUCCAGGAUUUGUACGUCACUGUGAUUUUGUUGAUUAACCUGACGGCUGCAAUUGCAGUAAGUCAAUGACGAAACACACAGCUGUGUGUGCCGACACCUGAGCACAAGUAUGUCCACGAUACCAGAAAGUGACUUCAACAUACAUUCGGUGUAUAUUUAAAAAAAAAAACUCCACUGUAAAGGUAGCAAAAGAUGGACACACAAAAUAUUACAAUUAAGGUGCACGAAUACCUGGAUCAAAGAAUGGAAUCGGCUCCAUCCAUCACUCGUCAGAAGGCGCCUUGCUCCUGGUAAGGGCUGUGGCAGCCUGGCGCCUUCCUGGACAGUAUAGGGCAAAGAAGGGAGCAGACCCUGGGGCUGGAUGGCUUCUCAUCUCAAGGCACAAACGUGCUGAGCUGUGCGACGCUGGUGAGCUGGGCCAACAUGUAUUUGGAAUGUGAGAAGAAGCUGGGGCACGAGGAGAAACCCCAUGUGACCACAGGAAAACAUGCAAACUUCACACAGAAGGUGUACCAGUCCAGUUUGAACCCAGGAUACAAAGGCUGUGGGGCAGCAGUGCUGAUCACCUUGUCAUGUCACCCACCGAAUUAGUGUUUGCGUAUUAUUUUUAAUUUUUUCAGAAAUAGUAUUUUUCAGACUACCCCAAUUCACAUCUUUUUCUAGCUCUUUUCUAAGUCGACGAGGAGUUUUUGGCUGUGGCAUCCAAGAGCAGCAUGCGGUCGAGUCGCUUGAUUCUCACUAGAUGGCGCUAGAGAUGCAUUCAACUUCACAUUUCUGCAAGUUUAUUAGAAAGUUGGGCAGCUCAAUUGCAUUCUCUGUGCCUUAACAGAUUCACAAAGGAAUUCAAUGUCAUAAAGAAAAAAAAAGUUGUAAGGAUAAUAUAAUAUAGAUUGAGUCAAAUAUAAUAAU